GCCUUCGCCUGUCUCCUCUCACGACCCGUCCGCUGCACCCACAAUUCCCCGCGCCGGGACAAGAUGGAAGAAAGCAGCGGCCGCCGGAGAACAAUGUUUUGGCAAUAAAACCCCGAAGCGGCGACCACGGAGACGACGCGGCCACGUUUGAACCCCACUGCGGUCAUGUGUAGGAUAUUCUCCUCCUGCAUUCCUCUUUAGACACAUUGCCCUCCUUCUCCCCUGCACAAAGCAAAAGCACGAUCAUGAGUAUUAUCCAAGACAAAUUAGCCAAUGAGUUUUUGCGGAACGGUGGCAUGGACCCAAAUUUUGCACCAGGUAUGCUUAUGUUCAGCCACCUGCCACCUGUCACCAGCUUUACACGGCUGGCCUCCCAGUCCGUUAUGGGCGAGCUUUCCCAGGAGAUGAUCCUGAAGAAAGAACGGGACUCGCCACCGGAACACCAGGGUGCCAAUGCUGUAAACACCGGGGGCUUCCUCCACAGCAUGGGCAUUAAGCAGGAGCGGUUAAAUGAGCUGGAUUACCGCAUGCCCCUCUAUGGCGGGGGUGGAGGAGUGGGGAUGAACUGUGUUGGAGGGGGCGCGGGGAAGAGUGGCAAUGACAUGCAGGACAUGUCUUUUGGCAACCACCACCAAAAUCACCAGAACAUGCUCCUGCAUGACCUCAGUCUCAGCAACGUCCGUAGCCUGGCUGAACCGAUUCCUGGAAGACCGGGUAAAGAGCCAAAAGAGUCCUCAGGUAGAAGAGGGCGGAGGAGCAAUGGGGACGGGCAGGGAGGCAAAGCCCGAAGGAAACGUAACGAUGCUUCGAAGUCCAUGAUGUUGGAUCCAGAUGGAGCCUGCCUGUCCCCCAACUCAAAACCACAUAUCUGUGAGCACUGUAAUGCUGCCUUCCGCAGUUCCUACCACUUGCGCAGACAUGUGCUCAUACAUACAGGUGAGAGGCCUUUCCGGUGCAGCCAGUGUAACAUGAGCUUCAUUCAGAAGUACCUCCUCCAGCGGCAUGAGAAGAUCCACAGUGGAGAGAAGCCUUUCAGCUGUGACCAGUGUAACAUGCGCUUUAUCCAGAAGUACCAUAUGGAGCGGCACAAAAGGACACACAGUGGCGAGAAGCCAUAUCGCUGCGAAACCUGCCAACAAUUUUUCUCUAGAACAGACCGGUUACUGAAGCACAAACGGACUUGUGGAGAAGCCAUAAAGAAGGGCCUGGACCCAAGCAUGCUGGAGCUCAGCGAAGCGGAGCUAGGCCACGGCAGCUAUUCACUCACUCAGGGAAACUCUACCACCUCCGGACGCAAGAGGGCCAAGUCCAAAAAUGGAGAGGGCGGUGAGCGCAAGAGGAAGAAGAAUGCUUCAGCGGCAGCAGCCUCAUCCUCUGGGGGGAUGGCCCGAGACAUGGGGCUUCAGGACUUCGGCAUGGAGCACCCCUCAGGUUCUGGCCCCGCCAUGCAGGGUCGCACUCCCAAACUGGUCUUUAAAAAAGCUGGCCGCAAAGGCCUUGACAAGGGCCUCCUCUCUCUGGAUGACAGUACUGAUGGACAAAAACUGUUGGGCCAGAAACAUGGCUCCAUGGAUCAUGUGGAGGAUUCUGGCCUUGACAACAUGGGUCUACUCCAGGGAACUGUGGGCAACAAGCAGGGGCCCACCACCAGCAGCAACUACGAUGAUGCAAUGCAGUUUGUGAAAAAGCGGCGCUACCUCCAUGCAGUUAACAAUGACUAUGGAGCCAGCUCACUUCACAUGGCAACCCAAGGCAAUAGUGUAAUCCAGGGUUCCCUGGGGCCUGAGCCCACGCUGGCCAUGCUGGACACGUCGCCUUUGGACCUCAAGCACGAUAAGUCGGGCAUUCCAGAUGAGGUACUGCAAAGCCUGCUAGACCAUUAUAGCCAUAAGCCAGAGGGGACACACCACCAUGACGUGACUUUCGACUUGUCAGACCAUCCACACCACGUUGACCUCCAACCAGCAGCCCCUGUAACCCCCGAGCUGGACGAUGACUCGCCUAAUGGUGGUGAUAAAACGGCAGUGAUGAGCGAGUACUCGAAAUUUCUCCUGCAAGCCCUGGAGCGCACCAGCCAUAGUGGGCCCUUCCCCAGUCUGGGUCCAACGGGGCCUUUCCCUCUCCUGUCCAGCAGCUCCAGUCCCACGGGGCCCCUUUUCUCUGACAAACACGUCUACACCACAUCCCCACUGGAUUGUGGCUACCCGCCUGCUGUCUCUUCCCCAGUGCCCAUCGUUGCCCCGUCAUCCGUCUCUUCCUCGACCUCCUCCAAGUCCCACUAUGGCAUGCUCGUCGGCUCGCCCUCCCAGGCAGGUUACCACCUCGGCUUGGAACCUACCAGCCACCAGCAGCUGACUCCAUCUCAGGAGCUGACCGAGCAGUUGGAGAAGCAGCACUCUCCUGGCACCUUCAACCUACCUCCCCAGGACCUGACUGCCACGUCAGACGGUUCCAAGGGGCAGCAACCCAAGGCUGGAGGAAACGCUGCACCAACCAACGUCUCCAGCUACCCAGACCUGUCCUCUCUGAACCCCCCUAAAGAAACCAUGUACCAGAUUGAGAACUUUGCCCAGGCCUUUGGUUCCCAGUUCAAGUCAGGGCGGCGGACCCCUCUGGGCUAUGGCAGUGAUCCUGGGGCAGAGGUCGAUCAUCGAAUACGGACUCCAGUGUCAGAAUUCUCAGGGUAUACCAGUUUGUUAGCUGACGUCAGUGAGCCAGUGGGUACAGGAUCAAAAACCCCGACAAGCCAAAGUUUCAGAUAAGGGUCAAACAAGGUGAAUCCAGUUGGGGGCCGUUCUGUUACUGUCCAUACGGCCCCUAUACCCUUCCUAAUUUUGUUCUUGUAGCAAAGUUUUGUUUUUUAAACACUGCCAUUAAAUGUUAAUACAAAAUGACCAGGGAGGGUCUUCCAUGGCCUCAAAUGCAAUUUUUUAAAAUAUGCUCAUUUUUAUUAUGUAUUUAGUCGCUUAAUUUCUGAGUAGUGUUUUUUGACAUGAACGUACCGUAGAUUUAAAUGUAAUUUAAAACAUUUAGAGGGUAGCUAUGACAUUGCUUGAUUUGUUCUUUUUCUUUCUUCUUCUUUCCUGAACCCUUGUGUUUUACCAAUCAUCAAACCAUUCAUUGUAAAGUAAUAAUGAAUAAUGUUGAUAAGUUCAAUAAUAAUAAUUGUGGCAGGGAAAGGCCCAGAAUUCAAAUGGCAAAAAAGUAUAUAUUGUCUGUUACAAGAAACCUUUUAACUCAGGAAAAUAGGCAAAAUUGUGUAAUAAGACUUUGUAUUAUGAGAUGCAAUUAGCACAGUUUUUACAGGUGUACUUUGAGACUACAAAGCUUUGAUUUUGUUUUUGCGUUGUAUUUUUUUAUUUUUUACUCAUCAGAACAACAAAUUACAAGACCCGAUCAUGUUUGGUUUCUACUGCGCGUAGCUUUGUCGAGAUUAUGGUACUGUUGUGUCAAUGUGAAGACAUCCACGUUUCUUUCGAGAGCCCACAUGUAUACACGAGGUAGUACAAAUUGAUGUUGAUGAACAUAACUGACCGUUGUUUCCUUGGCACGCGCCGUUGUCAGGUGACGAAGUCUGUCUGACCAUGCACUCCUCUAGUCGUGCCCACCAGCGACCGCUAGAAAAGACAGCAGAGACACAAAAACAAAAACAAAAACCACUCAUCGCCGUCAUGGCUGCCUCAGAAUGCAAUGAACGCCGAUCCGUGAUCUUUUAUCAUGCUGUUGCUGAAGUGAUUUUUUUUUUUUUUAUUUGUCUUUAAAAAAAAAACGAGUCACCACUUUUCUGCUCCACUCCUUGCUGUUCCUUUUUUUUGUGUCAAUGAAAUCAAACAAGCACUUUUAAAAAAACAAACAAAUCAUCAUUGGAAACAACAACAACCCAUUCAAUUUGCAUAUGUGAUACGCAAGUAUUAUGCUAAUGAUUUAAUAUUAUUUUAAGAGGAGAAAACUGUGAAUGGGGGUUGGGAGGGAGGGUGGGAGGAAGGGGGGGGCUGGAUUAUUGUCUAAUGGGUUUUGAUAGGGGUUGACUAGGCAUGACGACGGGCAUUUAAGUGUAUUUUGUUGCUUUUUUCAAGGGUAGAAGAGAGGGAGGGCUCGGGGAGGGAUUAUUUUUCUUCUUACGGUUUGUCGGGUGAUGUUGUAAAAAGAUGAUUUUUUUUUUUGCCAUAAUUUUGUUAUACAAUAUUUUGAGAGUACCUCUUUGUAUUUAAGUGUUUUGAGAGACAGGCUGACAUGCUGGAACCCUUAUAUCUUUAUCCCAAACCCUUUUAUUUAUUCUCCACUAGCCACAACAGAACUUAGUAGCAGGUAUUUUUUUUUUGCAUGUAAUCACCGGACCUACACCCUACCCCCCAUCCCCGUUUUAUAUAUUUUUUUAUUUUCCCCCCCACCCCACAGUUUUAGUAAUUGCAAGAAACUGCUUCAAUAAAACAGCUCAGAAACUGAAAAGUUAAGUUAUACCCACCUCCCCUCCCCAAAAUGCAGCCCUGCACUCACAAGAAUAAACAAUGGCCUUCUUUGUCUUCCGUGGCUCGAGCCAUUCUAUCCUGGCAGCCAGGGUUGAUAUUUAAUUUAGUUGAUUUCCUGUGAGACCCCCACCCCCACCCCACCUUUUCCCUUUUCCUAUGUCUGUGAGCUCCACAGCCAAGAGACUUUGAAGCUGCUCAGAUCACAGGGAACAAAGACUGACCAGCCACGUCACUCCAAACACACUAUGCUUUUUAAUGGAGAGAGAGAAAAAAAAAAGACAAUAAGAUUGACCUAAAUAUACCUCAUAUCACUAAAGCGUAAGAAAGCAGGGACACGAGUUUCAUGUAUGUAGUGGAAAUAUUUGUAGUAUAGGUUCGACAUAUUGUAUAAUCAUUUAACACUGCCUGUGUUUACAAUUGUUGAGUAAAAUGACUCAAAAUGCAAAUGUAUUUUUUUUUCUUUUCUGUAAAAACAUCCACGCCAAGCAGUGUUGCAUUCUAGAUGCCUCAUAGAACAUUCAUUUUUCUCAUGUUAUCCCUUAUUUUUGUUACUUGCCAUAAUGUGUUUUGAUAUGAUCUCUAGAAGGAUAUUGUUUACAAAAAUGUACAAAAACACUAAAAAUGUGUGUUCUCAAAUCUUUUUUUUUUAUUUUUUAUUUUUUUUGAGUUUUUCUCCAGUAUGCAUGAUAAAGACAUUUUUGUAUGGCUUUUUUUUCUGUCACCUCAAUACCAAAUUUUGUAGCAGAAGCCUCCCCAUUCCUUUGUCUUAUUUGUUCUAGACCCCUUGUGAUAUGAUUUCCCAGGCUGUACCUGUUAUUGAGAUGAUGAACGGAUUAGAGAAGCCAAUAAAACUUUUUGUUACAAAAAAA